CUUGACUUCGUUACUUCGUUAGGGUUUCGGUUGAAGUUAGUUACCGUUGGCAUAGACUCACUCUCAGGCACACCUUCUACCUCUCUUAUCUAAGAGGGCGUGUACGAAACGAGUCUAGUAAGCGAGGAAUCACCUGAGCUCAUUACACCAGCAGCACACAGGUGUAAAAAUGGGCAAAGCAGUUGGACGCUGGGACUUUGAAUGGGUCUAUAAUGAACAACCGCACACAUGGAGAAGAAAAGAAAUAUUAGCAAAGUAUCCUGAAAUCAAGUCUUUGAUGGGUCAUGACCCCCAGCUGAAAUGGGUCGUGUCAGGGAUGGUACUCACCCAGCUCCUGGCGUGUUACAUGGUCCACGAGCUCUCCUGGAAGUGGGUGUUGUUUUGGGCGUAUGCGUUCGGUGGAUGCAUCAACCACUCUUUAACCCUAGCCAUCCAUGACAUUUCACACAACGUGGCCUUCGGCACCAAAAGAGCACGCUGGAACCGCUGGUUCGCCAUGUUCGCCAAUCUCCCAAUUGGCUUGCCUUAUUCAGCAUCCUUUAAGAAGUACCACAUCGACCACCAUCGUUAUCUCGGAGGAGAUGGAUUGGACGUGGAUAUUCCUACUGACAUUGAGGGUUGGUUCUUCUGCACCCCAGCCAGAAAAGUGCUCUGGCUCUUUCUCCAGCCUUUGUUUUACGCGCUCCGUCCGUUGGUGGUGAACCCCAAGCCCGUGACCAGGCUGGAAAUGCUUAAUGCAGUUGUCCAGUUUGUGGUAGACAUUAUCAUCUACUAUUUUUGGGGUUUGAAGCCCAUAGUCUACCUCAUCGCUGGCUCUAUAUUAUGUAUGGGCCUGCAUCCCAUCUCUGGACACUUCAUCGCUGAGCACUACAUGUUUAUGAAAGGUCAUGAAACCUACUCUUAUUACGGCCCUCUCAACUUAAUAACCUUCAACGUGGGAUACCAUAUGGAGCACCAUGACUUCCCCAGCAUUCCUGGGAGCAAACUACCUGAGGUCAAGAGGAUUGCAGCAGAGUACUACGACUCACUGCCUCAACACACUUCCUGGAUGCGUGUGCUCUGGGACUUCGUUUUCGAGGACACAAUCGGCCCCUAUGCUAGAAUCAAGAGACAAUACAAACUUGGCAAAAAGGAAUGAAAUGGGUGUUAGACUACUGAUCUAACCAAACACGCUACAAGGUAUUUACACAAAGUACUACACAAAUCUGUGAGGCACUUGCAGGUUGUUAGUUAAAAAGGAACAAACCCUUUCAACCACAAAACUGCAAACCUCUGUCACAGCAUUUCAUCAUAGAUCCAUGUGUACAAUGUUUGAACAAUAACCGCACAUUCCCUGCGCUUGACUUGAUUUGUGAUUUACUGUUUGGGUGUAUCAAAGCCCAGCUCGUUCCUAACUAAAACGUGAAACUUCAUUAGACCUGACCUGUUGUUCUUACGGUAUCCAUUUUCAUUAUCAAUGCAGUUAUUUGUGUUUAUCUUUGCCAUCGUCACUUUCUCAACUUAACCCAUGUCAGUUAAGAUGUACCUAAGGAUGGAAGUGCUGAGAUGAAAUGUGUUUGUGUUUCAUCAGUGAGGCCUUUUUGAAAACUGAAUAUUUAAUUGUGUUGUGCACUGUUGUGUAACUAGAAGUCUUUAAAUAUUGUUUGACAUGUUCUGUCGUUUGCACUGUGACGGUUUAACUCUGAACACCAUUGUGUUAAAGCUGUGUGGAAUAUAUUUGUUCAGCACAAUGUAUUUCAAUAAAUUUCCAUA